AAAAAAAAAAAAACCACUAAACAUUUUCGUGAUUCAUAACCAUUCCGAUGCAAUUGUUAUUUGUUUAAAAUAUAAAACUGCGUCUUUUGUAUAAUAUAAAAUGUUUGUCCGAAAUGAAUAUACGUAGUUCAUAUAAGUACAUAAAUAAAAGGUGAAAUAACGAUUGUGAUAUGUAUAUGGGAAAUCAUUUUAUACCUAUAAAUAUAUAAUAAUGGAAAAAGAAAAAUUUACGAUGCUCCUGUUGGAGCCAGGAGAAAUAUUUUUUGAAGAUUAUAGUGUUCAGAUGAGAGCGAUAGAAUCGUUGUUUCCAGAACAAACAGAAUGGAUAGACGGAAGAUUGAAACUUUGUUCAAAAUCAUUAGUUUUUGUAAAUAAAGAUUUCAUUCAACCAUUGAUCAAAAUACAGCUUAAAGAGACUAUAAAGGUUGAACAAUAUAAUUCAGAAGAUAAUAUAGAAGGAUGCAAUAACAUAUUGAAUAUUCAAUGUAAACAGUAUGUGGAAAUGUUAGAAAAAAAUGUUCUCGCACCAUACAAAUUUAUUCAUAAAAACUCGACUUUUCAAUUUUCUUUUAAUUAUGCAAAGAUAGAAAAUUGUCUUCCUCAAAUAUUGCAAUUACUUCGUGCUGCUACUUUGCCAACAGCUGAACAAAAUGCAAUGAUAAUGACUAUAGUUCACUCCAGACAAUCGCGUGUAUCUUUUGAUACAUCUUGGCUAGAAGAUUUAUACGAAACGGUUGUGUUAGAAAUUCAAGCAAAUAAAGUAUUACCACUUGUAAUUAAUCCAGGCAGGGUAUUAUUAACUACAUCCAGAUUAUAUUUUCAACCUUAUAACAAUAUGGAUCAGCAUCCCGUUUUAAAAAUACAAUUAAAAGAUAUAAGUAGUAUUAUACAAAGAAGAUUUCUUUUGAGACAAGUGGGUCUUGAAAUAAAAUGGCAAAAGCAAACUGAUUGUAAAACUGAAUAUUUGUUUCUUUCUUUAAACAAUCAAAGUGAUAGAGAUGAACUUCACAAAAAGUUAUUAGAUCAAUCUGCUGUAUCAUUAGAAACUGUUCCUCAGAAUCAAAUGACAAUGAGAUGGCAAAAUGGUUCUUUAUCAAAUUAUGAUUACCUUUUGUAUAUUAACAGUUUGGCAGACAGAACUUUUCAUGAUUUGACUCAGUAUCCUGUAAUACCUUGGAUAAUAAAAGAUUACACAUCUGCAACAUUGGAUUUGGACAAUCCUGAUAUAUAUAGAGAUCUUUCUAAACCUAUUGGUGCUCUUGAACCUACUAGAUUAGAAAGAUUAAAGGAACGUUACUUAGAAAUGUUAGAACCAAAAUUUCUGUACGGAUCUCAUUAUAGUGCACCAGGUUUUGUAUUAUUUUACUUAGUGAGAAAGUAUCCUCAAUAUAUGCUUUGCCUUCAAAAUGGAAGAUUCGAUCAUCCUGAUAGAAUGUUUAACAGUGUAGCUGACGUAUGGAAAAAUGUUUUGGUGAACAUGUCUGACUUUAAAGAAUUGAUCCCAGAAUUUUAUGAUACAAACAAUGGUGGUGAUUUUUUAGUAAAUAGUUAUGGUAUUGAUUUUGGUUAUCGACAUGAUGGUACAAAAAUUGGUGAUGUGCAGCUGCCAUCUUGGGCAGAAGGACCUUCAGAUUUUAUAAAAAAAUUAAGAAACGCCUUAGAAAGUGAUUAUGUUUCUAAAAAUUUACACCAUUGGAUAGAUUUGAUCUUUGGGUAUAAACAAAGAGGAAUUGAAGCAGAGAAAGCUGAUAAUUUAUUUUUUCACCUGUGUUACGAGGGGGCAGUGGAUUUAGAUACAAUUCGUGAUAUUAAUGAUCGACAUGGAUUAGAAGUACAAAUUAUGGAAUUUGGACAAAUUCCAAAACAAGUUUUUACUCUACCUCAUCCUAAAAGAUUAAUACCAAUUAUAGAUACAUUACAAACUGCAACAUUAACUGUUUUACAUAUGACAGACAUGAAUGACAAGUCUCUCAUAAGUGAUUCAAUACAUCUGUCCGAAUUUCUAACAUUUCAAUCACAUAAGGAAGGAGUAUGCUGUAUCACAGUAACUAAUAAAGGAAUAUAUGAUGAAAUAUUAUCAGUAGGUCAUGAUGGCAUGUUUAAACUAUAUUCUAUAAAAAACAAAAAACUUACACGAAGUGUUUCUUUAUCAUCAUUGCCUCUUUCAUCCUGUAUAUCAUAUUAUACACCAUCAUCUCAUAAUAUACUUGUUGUCGGCUCAUGGGACAAUACACUAAUAUUUUAUGAUAUAGAAUUCGGUAGAACGAUUGAUACAUUGCAAGCUCAUGAAGAUGCAGUUUCUUGUUUGGCAUGGAGUCCAACACGACAGAUUAUUAUCUCUGGAUCAUGGGAUUGUACUGCCAAAGUUUGGCGAAGCUACGUCUCAGGGCCCAAAAUUAAACCUUCAGAAUAUUUUAUAGCUCAGCUGGACCAUGAUUCAAAAAUAACAUGUAUUGAUAUAUCAAGCAAUGAGAUGUUAUUAAUGUCUGGCACAGAAGAUGGAGAAUUAUUUUUAUGGAAUAUGGACAAUUACAAUUUACAAUUCACUGUUAAAGGCCACACUGGAAAAGUAAAUGCAAUGACAUUUGAUCCUGAAUGCAAAAGCAUUAUUUCUUGUGCAGAAGAUCAAACAUUGAAUAUUAUUGAUAUUCAUACAAGUACUCAGAUUUAUCAUACAAUUUUAGAACAUGAAGCACUCAUAUUAAAAUGGAUUGGAAUGUUAUUGUUAAUAGGUGAUAGUGCUGGAAAUAUCAGCUUAUGGAAAUUUCCAGAAGCAGCUUUUUUGUCAAAAAUCCAUUGUCAUGAUGGGCCACUUUUUACAAUAGCAGUAACAACUGAUAAUAACAUGGUUAUAACAGGUGGAAAAGAUAGAAAAGUUAUAGUUUGGGAAUGCAAAAAGGAAUGAUGAGAGUAAUCAGCCUAUUAAAUAUUGCAAAGUAAACAUUUAUAAAAAAAAA